GUAGCAGAGCCAGACCUGCUGAAAGCCUGUGCUGGGGCUGACAUCCUCCUGUUUGUGGUGCCCCAUCAGUUUAUCGGCAAAGUGUGUGACCAGCUCAAGGGCCACGUGAAGAAAGAUGCUGUUGGGGUGUCGCUCAUCAAGGGGGUGGACGAAGGACCAGAUGGGCUGAGGCUGAUCUCGGACAUUAUCCAUGAAAAACUGGGAAUAGAGAUGAGCGUCCUUAUGGGGGCCAACAUUGCUAGUGAAGUGGCAGAAGAGAAGUUUUGUGAAACAACCAUCGGCUGCAAGAACGUGCAGCAUGGGCAGACGCUGAAGGCGCUGAUGCAGACACCGAACUUUCGGGUGACAGUGGUGGAGGAUGCUGACACUGUAGAGAUCUGCGGCGCGCUCAAGAACGUUGUGGCUGUAGGAGCUGGUUUCUGUGAUGGGCUCGGCUAUGGAGACAACACGAAGGCUGCUGUGAUCCGUCUGGGACUGAUGGAGAUGAUUGGCUUUGCCAAACUCUUCUGUAAGGGCCCCGUCACCUCCUCCACCUUCCUGGAGAGCUGCGGGAUUGCUGACCUCAUCACUACCUGCUACGGUGGCCGCAACCGCAAGGUGGCUGAGGCUUUUGCCAAGACUGGGAAGUCUAUUGAGCAGCUGGAGAAGGAGAUGUUGGAUGGGCAGAAGCUGCAGGGCCCCCAGACGUCUGCUGAGCUGCAUCGCAUCCUUAAAAGCAAGAACUUAGUGGAGAAGUUCCCCCUCUUCACAGCUGUGUAUCAGAUCUGCUACGAGGGCAAACCCGUUACCGAUGUCAUCAAGUGUCUCCAGAACCACCCUGAGCACAUGUAAGCAGGGUCUGCCUGCAAAACCACUGAUCCUGCCCAGAUGAGUGGAGAGCUCCUGCCCGCACCAACUCGCUCUGCUGCUGCAGCUUUGUAAGGAGUCCAGAUUUCCUGGGAGCCUUUGCAGAGUGCUGGAAGGGCAGAGGUUCCUUUUCUCAGCCCUGGACACUGCCAGCCUGAGCCUGGCAUCUGCACAGAGGUACCUGCUGAUCUCCCUCUCUCUUUGAAGGGCUCGUUUAG